AUGUCAGCUCGCGGCAACCCCUCUCCUGCCUCGCCGGCCAACGAGGUCUUGACCUUCGCGGCCAUUGUUGAGAAAUGCGAGAAAACGAACAUCGCGAUCGAAGAGAUGAAGAAGCUGGCUCCGGCGCGCGAUGUUGAGCUGAGGAAUGCCGGCAACACUCCCCCCAUUAAGUGGGAUCGCCAGGGCUACUGCGAGGCCGCGCUGAUGCAGGCCACUGGCCAAGAGGCCGAGAACCCGUGCGAGAGAUGCGCAGAAGGCAAGGGGAGAUUUGUCGGAUGCGUUGUCUCCCCAAUUGCUGGCAAGGGGGCUUGCGCCAACUGCAAGUUCACCAGCAGGGAAAAGACAUGUUGUUCCCUCUACGCCGGGAACAACGACGACAACUCCGCCGAACCCGCCACGAGGAACAAACGUGCGCGUGACGAGGCCGAGGAGGACGCUCCCCGCCCUGCUCCGGUUCCUGCCGGGGCAGCUUCACGCCCGCGCCCCAGGACUCGUCGGAGCGCGGAAGUGCCAGACGCCGCACCUCCCCCCCGCGGCCCCUCCCGCAACGCGGCGGCUGGAGAAGGCCCCAGCCGCCGCCCCGGGAGCGCUCGCACUUCCGCCGCAAGGAGGGCAGACGCCGCGCCGAGGGCAGCCGCGGGAAGCCGGGUUGAUGCACCCGGCGAUGCCGAGGGGGCUGGGGCUGGCCACGAGGAGCCAAGCUACCAGCAGCUCCUCAGCUUUCUCGUCCCCGCCAUGGCCUCAUCCCAUGGCUGGUCUGCCAGCGACAAGCGCGACGCCGCCAAGAUGUUUCGCAAGCUGGCCGGCACCUUAGAGAAGUCCGCCGACGACCACGACAAGUGA